AUGAAGGCCGCCGAUUUGCCAGCAUGUAAUGGAGCCACCAGUUGGCAUGCUUCCAAGCGGUGGGUACUGUAGGGAAAAUUUGCGAUUUUUUGAGAUCGAAUUUGACCUGGGUUUGGGGAGUACUGUAGGUCUUGAUGAUUUUUCAUCUACUCAAAAAUAUCACCAUUGAAUUCCACGUGGAAUUUGAGUAAUUUUGAGACCAAACACGGUUACUGUAGUUCUCGCUGCAGGACCUAGUAGUAGAUUUUUUGAGACCGAAUUUGGCCUGGGUUUUGGGAGUACUGUGGGUUGUGCUGAUUUUUGAUCUACUCAAAAAUAUCAUCAUUGAAUUCCACGUGAAAUUCUGGUCGUUUUGAGACCAAACACGGUUACUGUAGUUUUCGGUACAGUACCUUUUAAAUGUGGGAAUUACUGUAGAUUUUUUGAGACCGAAUUUGGCCUGGGUUUGGGGAGUACUGUAGGUUGUGAUGAUUUUUCAUUUACUCAAAUAUACCAUCAUAAAAUUUCACGUGAAAUUCGGGUCGUUUUGAGACCAAACACGAUUACUGUAGUUUUCAGUACAGUACCUUUUAAAUGUGAAAAUUACUGUAGAUUUUUUGAGACUGAGUUUUGCUGGGGUAUUAUUGAAUUAAAAACACGUGAGAAAUGAAAAACUAGGUCAAGUGACGUGGAUUUAAAAACAGUAUAGGUAGCCAUGUCGUCAAUUGCGAUGCGUGUGGGCGACACGUUUUUAGAAAUGAAAAUUUGACAAAUCCAAUGGAAAAUAUCGAGGUCAACACGCAUCGCAGAACCGCAUCGCAACUGACGACAUGGCUACCUACUCAGGUAGCAGCUUGCCCAUGGACUGCCCUUAGGAAAGCGGUUGCCCCAUAAUUGCACCUUGGGCAAGCCCUAAGGGCAAAUUUUUUAAUGGGAAAAAUAAAUUUAUAGCUAUUUUUCAUAACGUGACCUAGUUUUGAUACGUGUCCUGUAUCGAAAUCGGAAUUUCUUCUCAUUUUUGAUAUUCUGUUAGCCAAGAAAAUAGCGAAUAAACAAAACUAUUUCGAUGACGCUCAAAUAUCGACUUAUUAUAGAAGCAGUAACUUUAUGCAAAACACUGUGAGAAAGUUAUCAAUUCAAAUAUAGUGAAGCGGAUUCUGGGAUUGUCACUGUGAUUUUUGGAUGGAUUUUUAUGAAUUAGAUGUUCCAAACCAUGUAUAAAAUUCUCAAAAAAGUUGUUUUGGAUCAACUGCUCCAACCAUUGCAGCUUUGAAUUAUAAAAUUUCGGAAAAUAAAUUAUCAACUUAUGUGAAAAUUUGAUUCUAUAAUGAGAAGCAAAGUAUGAUCAAGCUGAAGUGCAUCUAUCCACAGAGUGUAAUUUACUACCCCAAAUCGCUAGACCUCAAAUUUUUCAUUAAUUUUUUGGUAGAUCAAAAAUAAUUUUUCUCUAAAUCUCUCGUUUUUGCGUUGAAUUUCGUCGAUUUUAAUCCCACCCCUAAAAUCGUGUCAGGUCUCCAAAAAUGCGCGAAAUUUUUCGGGUAGAAAAUUACACUCUGUGCUAUCUCUCCAUGUUAUUUCGUUUAAUAAAAUUUUUACCUCUAGAAAACUUUUUUUUUACCUCUAGAAAACUAUCAUGAUUUAGCCUUCAACUAAAUACAUGAUAAUGUUUUCAUGUGUUUAGUUAGUUGAAGGCAGCUUCUUUUUGAUGAAAGCUGCCUCUCCAAACUGCCCCAUUUUGGGCCUAGGCUUCAUUUUUCCAACCUGAGAACAAGAAAAAUUAGUGAAAAUGCUUUUUUACGUGGCUUGAAUUAAUUUGAAUUUAAAACGUGAUGUUCUUGUUUAAUUCAAAUGCCCAACGAUUGCCCCUUGAAUGCUCCAAUGCAGCCCUUAGAACCUGCUCUAAGGGCAGAGUAAGGGGCAGUCCAUGGGCAAGCUGCUACCUGAGUAUACUGUUUUUAAAUCCACAUCACUUGACCUACUUUUUUAUUUCUCACGUGUUUUUAAUUCAAUAAUACUGUUUGGAGUACUGUAUUGUUUGAGAUUCUGAAAAUUCUUUAAUUUGCAGUCCAGGGUACUGUAGCUUUUAGAUUAAGAAAGUACUGUAGGGAUACGGUAGGUCUUUGGAAUUUUUUGAUCUACUCAAAAAUUUAUCCACGUGGAAUUCCGAUUUUUUUGAAAUUCUAAAUUAUACCCAUUUUUAGGAUACUGUACUGUAGUUUUCGCUUUGGGACCCAGAAACCUGCAUUACUGUAGGUUUCGAGAUUUUUUGAUCUACUCAAAAUUUCGCUUAGAAUUCCCUAGUGACUAGAGUCUAGUUGAGUUUAUACUCAUUCUAACGGAAAUUCCACGUAGAUCAAGAAAAAAUCGAUAAUUUCCCCUUUUUCCCCCGAAAAUCCCUUAUUUUUCAGAAGCUGUUUGGGUCGGCUGACGACACUCGAAAUUCUGCUAUUUGUACUAUUCGCUUUGCUUUUCAUUUCAUUGUUAUCUGUGUUAUUUCUCUGGUUAUGGGUUCUCGACGGAUAUAAAACAUUCAGUGAAGGUUGGUGCUGAAAAUUGUGCAUUUUUGAGAUGAAAUUCAGCGUUUUCACCCAGAAUUCAUUAUUUUUAACCUAAAAUUAAUUGCAGGUCGUCCAAUUUAUCCGCAUCCCUUUGAAAACUCUUCGGUUGCUGUCGAUCGAUCUGCUUUAAAUCAUAAUCAAGUUGUAUGCACAUCGCGUGAAUGUGUUCGACUCGCCGGAUUUUUGGCCGAAAAUCUCAAUCCGAAAAUUGAUCCGUGUCAAGAUUUCUACGAAUUCGCCUGCGGAAACUAUGGAUUGAAUCGAAAUUUGCCGGCCAACAAACCGCUUCGACAAACUAUUGGAGAUGUGCAGGCCAGAUUGAAUAAACAGGUCAAAUCGUUGUUGGAGGUGAGCCUGAAAGUUUUAUUUUAUUUGUUAAGGAAAUUUUUUCAAGUUGUCGUGCCUAGAAAGUUGAAUUGUUAAGGAAAAACCCUAUUCUGAAUUUUUUUUCGAAAAUCACCAAAAUUUCAAAUUCUGCAAAUGAUUUUAACAAUUAAAAUUGUUAGACAAAUUAUAUUUAAAAAUUAUUAACAAAUUUUGAAACAGUGAAAAUUUUUUGAACAAAAAUAAUUUUUAUUCAAAAUAAUUUUUUGCCUGAAUUUUAGUUGAAAAAUUUUAAAUCUUAUAAAAUGUUGUAUUUACAGAUUCACACAACAUCGGAAAUUAAUUUUUGAAAAAUUUGGAAAAAUUUUGAAACAGUGAAAUUCUCAACAACAAAAAAAUUACUGUUUCAAAUUUUGCUCUAAAUUUUCUGGUAAAAAUUGGUUAGUGGUGAAUCUAUUUUGUUGACGCUAAAAAUUCCACGUCCUGAAUUUUAGUAGAAAUUUUUUAUCGACAUUUGUUCUGGACCAAACUGCCCGCAUCAAAAUUUGAAAAAUAUGAAAAAAUGUUGAAACCACACCUGACGAGAGAGUGUCCCAAAAUUUUUGUGCAGCGUGGAAAUUUUUGCGAAAAAAAUUGUGCAGCGUGAAAUUUUGAAUUUUUGAAAAUUUUCAUCGAAAUCGGCUGAAAAUCAAUGAAAACUACACUGUUUUCGUGAAAAAAUGUACAGUGUGACCUUUGAAAAUAUUUGUACAGUGUCCAUUUUGGACACGUCUCGUCAGGUGUGGUUGAAACAGUGAAAUUUUAUUUUCUUUUUAAUUUCAAAAAAAUUCACUGUUUCAAAAUUUUCUCAUAAUUUUCUGGUAAAAUUUUUAAAGUGAUACGACUUUUUUUGUGAAGUUUUUAGUUUUUAAAAUUCCACGUCAUAAUAUUUUUACAGUUUUCAUUUCUAUUUUUUUCCUAUGAAGUUGAGCCCAAAAAGUUUUCGAACAUUUUUUCGCCGAAAAAAAUUCGCUGUUUCAAAUUUUGCUCAUAAUUUUCUGGUAAAAAUUGGUUAGUGGUAAAUCUGUUGUUGAUGUUCUGAAUUUUUUUAGAAUUUUUUUAUCAAAAUUUUUUCUGAACCGAACUGCCUUAAUCAAAAAGUUGAAAAAUAUGAAAAAAUGUUGAAACAGUGAAAUUUUCUUUUUUUUUUUAAUUUUAAAAAUUCACUGUUUCAAAAUUUUCUCAUAAUUUUCUUGUUAAAAUUUUUUACAGUUCCAUUUUUCCCUUGAAGGAAGUUGAACCAAAGAGUUUUCUAACAUUUUUUCGCCCAAAAAAUUUGCUGUUUCAAUUUUUUCUCAUUAUUUUAAAAUUCAACUUUUUUUAUUGCUUCUAUCAAUUUCAAUUUUUCUUGAAUUUCAAACGUGUAAACGUGACCCAAAUCCAGAUCAUCUCAUUUUAAUUUUCUAUUCGUCAUUUCCAUCAAUUAUUUUCACAGAAACCAAUAACAUCAUCGGAUAAACCAUGGGAUCGCCUCGCCAAAGGCUACUAUCAAAAAUGUCUGAAUGAGCCCGAAUUGGAGAGCACCGGAAUUGUGGCAAUGAAAUCGAUAGCAAAUCGAAUUGGCGGUUGGCCAGUUCUAAUGGGCGAUGAUUGGAUCGAAUGGCAACAUGGUUGGGAAGAACAAUUGGCCUAUGUCCUAAAUAGAACCGGUGUGAAUGCGGUGAUUCUUGAGAUGGCUGUCACCCACGAUCCAUCGAAUUCGAGUAAAAGUGUGAUUGAAUUGGAUCAACCGAAAUGGGGAGCCGGUUCGAGAUAUCCGUAUUUGAGUGGAAUUGAUGAUCCGAUGUUGAGGAAUUAUACAACACUUAUGAUGCAGACUGCAAUUGCGAUGGGAGCUGAUCCAAAACGAGCCGAGAAGGAGAUGAUUGAGGCGAUGGAAUUUGAAUCGAAGUUGGUGAAUUUUAGCGCGGAUGAUAUGGUUCGAAGAGAUCCUGAGAGGGGAAAUAAUCCCAAGCAAUUAUGGGAACUGAAAAAUACAUUUCCGCUGGUGAGUUUAGCUGGGUUAGAGAGCUGGGAGGGAGCAAAAUUCUCAAGAAAUUUUAUUUUUGCUAAAUUUUGAUCACACCAAAUUCGAAAAUAAUGAAUUUUGGCUCUGAAUAAGUAUAUCUAAACAGUGUUUUCAUAAAAAUAUCAAUUUUUGCUCUUUAAAAAAUAUGUCAAAAAAUUUUGAAACAGUGAAAUUUUCAACAACAAAAAUUUACUGUUUCAAGAUUUUUUGAUAGUUUUUUGGUUAGGAGAAAAUUCGGUGUAUUUGAGAUUUUUCCAAUUAGACUGAAUUUGGAGCAUUGCUUAUGACGUGGCAAGAUGUUUUGAGUUAAUGAAUCCUGUAAUAUUCAAAAUCAACAUGUAAAAAUUUUGAAACAGUGAAAUUUUCAACAACAAAAAAUCACUGUUUCAAGUUUUCCUGAUGGUUUUCUGGUUGAAGGUAACACGAUAAUAGUAUUUUUGUGCAAUUUCUGAACAACAAAAAAACUUUCUGAAUUUUCCCUAAAAAUCUCUGAAGAUCCUCAAAUCAUGAAAAUUUUCCAGAUAAAUUUCGAAAAGUACAUCCGCACAGUGUUCAAAGAGUUGGUCGAUAUUUCACCGAAUCACACGAUUAUCAUUAGAGAAGUCGAUUAUUUUAUUGGAAUUCAGGUAAGUCUGGAAUUGGUUUUUGGCUGAAAAUGUGAAAUUUGAAAAUGUUAACUGAAAAUUUCUCUAUUUUCCAGCACGUCCUUCAAAACACACCCAAACGUGUCCUUGCUAAUUAUAUAUCUUGGCGCCUGGUUCAAGGUGGGGUGGCCGUCGAAGACUUCUUCAGUACGUUGCCAAGUCCAACUUGGCCUUUUCUCGUCCGGCUUUUUAUCGAUUUUUUAGCGUGCCUUUUCUGAUUUUUCAACACUCCCUUUGUCUUUUUCUUCUAAAAAUGUUGAAUAUAACUUUCCUGAGUUGGCUUGGAACGUGUGAAGUUGUUGCUUCUUUUUUUUUUCUUGAAACAUACUCCAAAAUUUGGGUCCUGAUGCGAAAAAGAGUACUGUAGGUCUAUUUUUGCCGCGAAAAAUUGAGUUUUUUUGCUUCAGGGCUUCUAAUUUCGACCGACUUUUUGAGAUCAAAAAUGAAUUCUGAAUUUUCGCGCCAAAUGUUGGUCUUGGAACGGAAAAGAGUACUGUUGACUCGUUUUUGGCGGUGAUUUGAAUUCUCACGUCAAAAAUUGGGUCCUGGUGCGAAAAAUCUGUAAAUUUGGCCAAUUUUCAGUAAAUUUGAAAAUUUCAAAGCUCAAAACUUUUUGGAGUAUGUUUCUACCUCACCCCAAUCCUCAUACUUAUCCUAACUAUCUUCAGGUUUUUCACCAUUUCUUCCACCAUCAAUUCGCGAACCCUUCUAUCAAUUCAAAGCCAAUCAAACAGGAAUGUUCAACAGUCCACCGCCAGAUCGAUGGGAAGAUUGUGUAACUCUAUCAGUGAUUAUGAUGGAUAUGCCAGUCGGUCGAUUAUUUGUCGAAAACUUUUUUCGAAAAAGAAAAAGCGUUGGAGAAAAUGACGGAAUUGACGUCGUAUUUGAAAAAUGAGUUUAUCAAACAACUGAAAGUUUUGGAUUGGAUGGAUGAAGUCACGAGAAAUCGAGCGAUUAGUAAAGCAAAUAUGAUUGAAUAUAAAUCCGGUUUUCCGGCGCAGAUUUUGAAUGACACGUGGAUGGAUAAAAAUUGGGGAUUGCGAAUCGCUCCUGAUGAAUAUUUGUUGCAUUUGACGAUUCGGGUGAAACUUGUGAGGUUUACUGAGGAAUUGAUGAGAUUGGAUCAGCCGUUGGAUCGGAGUAUGUGGUUUCAAAGUCCCGCUCAAGUUGAUGCUUAUUAUGCGCCAAAUAAUAAUGAGAUGAGUGAGUUGAUUUUUUGGGAGAUUGAAUAGUGUUCUAGAUUUUGAGAUAGAGCCGCAAAAUUCACUUUUAAAUUUAUUUUUCUAGUUCAAUUGUGAAUCUGGUACAAAUCAAAAUUGAAUUUCAAAAAUUUUAUUUUCAAAAUAAUUCGAAACAGUGAAAUUUUUUGAAGGCAAAAAUUAGUUACAAAAAAUCUCCAAUUUUUAAUUAAAUAAAAAUUAACACGGAAAAAUCACCAAUUUUUUCUUUUUCUAAAUUAAAAAUAUCACUGUUUCAAAUUAUUCUCUUUAAGAAAAUAUAGUAUAUUUAGUAAAAUGACCUCUCGAAGCGGAAUCGAAUUUUAAACUUUUAUUUUCAAAUUAAUCUGAAACAGUGAAAUUUUUUGAAGGCAAAAAUUAGUUACAAAAAUCUCCUAUUUUUCAAUUGAAUAAAAAUUAUCUCGGAAAAAUCAUUUGCAGUUUCUCUCCAAAAAAAAUUUCACUGUUUCGAAUUUUUGGGGAAAUAGAUUUUAAUUUUUUUAAAUAUUAUUAUUAUAUUCAAUUUAGUUCCGCAAAAUUUUCAUAAUUUAGUUUCAAAACAAAAAUUUUGGAGCGAUAAUUUCGAUUCUAACAAAAUUUCAGAUCUCGGAAAAUGUUAUCUAGAAAAUUUGAAACAGUGGUAUAUUUUGAUUAUAAAAAUUUACUGUUUCUAAUUUUCUUCAAUUCUCAAUUUUCAUUUAGCACGUCGAUACAUGAUUGAGUGAGCUCUCACUUAAAAAUGAAAUUUAUGUUUCAAUAACAUAAAUUCUUGCUGGCGUUUGAGAAAAGAGAAAACGUCGUAAUUUUUGGGCAUUUGAAGUUUUUUCUUCGGUAACUAUGUAUAUUGUUAGAAAAAAAUCGUAAAGGUGGUAGUGGGGUUGAAAAAUUACAAAGUUUUCAUCUAAAAAUUUCGAAACAGUGAAAAAUUUGAUUUAACAAAAUUCACUUUUUCAAAUUUUAAUCAAAAUUUGCUUUUGAAAAAUACGCGGAAAAUAAUUUUUCGAAUCUAGUUGAAAAUUUUUCAAAAUAAAAAAUCACUGUUUCAAAUUUUUCACAAACUUUUUUCUUUCAAAAAUAAAACGGUUUGAAGAGAAAUGCUGACUUCCUUUGAAAAAAUGAUAUAUUUGCAGUUUUCCCCGCCGGAAUAAUGCAAUUCCCAUUCCUAACUCUCGGAGUUCCCAAUUAUAUCACCUAUGGAAUGGUUGGUGCUGUAAUUGGUCACGAAGUUUCACAUGCUUUCGAUGAUCAAGGUGGACAAUAUGAUGAAUUGGGAAAUUUGAAUGAUUGGUGGGAUCAGGAGACGGGCGAGAAGUUUGUCGAAAAAACACGGUGUUUUGUGCGACAAUAUGAGAAUGUACACGUGGCUGAGGCUGAUAUUCAUUUGAAUGGACAAUUGAGUUUGGGAGAAAAUAUUGCGGAUAAUGGAGGAGUUAAGACUGCGUUUAAUGUGAGUUUUUUGGGGGGAAUUUUCAGCACAAGAUUUUGAUUUCACAUGUUUUUUACCUGAAAAUGAUCAUUUUUACCCAAAAAAUUGAGAUUUUUCAGGCCUACAAAGCUUGGAAAGCCAAUACAACAAUAACCAAAUCUGAUGAGCCAGCUUUGCCAGGAUUCCAAAAUUUCACCAGUCAACAAAUGUUCUUUUUGGCGUAUGCGAAUGUGAGUUUGGGAUUUUUGACUAUAAUUUUGAAUCUGCAAACCGCCACUUUUUUCUCAUUGUCACGUGGAUUUUCUUUUUUCAAAUGAUAAUAUUCUUGAUCCAGUAAUAUUCGAAAAAAAAAUCAGAAAAUUCAAGAAAAAUUGAAACAGUGAAUUUUUGCAACAAAAAAUUUGAAAAUUUAUUGAAAAAUGGGAGUGGCUUAAUUUGUGAAAUAUCCAAGUUUUGCAUAUUUUUCAUUGCCACGUGGAUUUUCUGAAAAAAUCCUUUAUGGAGUAAUUUUUGAAAAAAAAAAUUAUUCAAAUAAAAAGUUUGGUUGAAUUUUGAAAAAUGUAAGUCUGGCACACUUUUUUCUAUGCUACGUGUUAAUUUUUGGCGCGAAAAUUCGAAUUUUCAAAAAAUUUGGAAACCUAAAUUGUGGGAACAAACAUUUGUUCACAUAGUUUUUGAAACAGUGAAAAUUUUCUUCAAAUUUUUAAAAAGGCGUGGCCGUAUUAUGCAAACCCAACGCACUUUUUUCCACGUGGAUUUUGAGUUUAUAAUUAACGAUGAAGUAGUCAAUUAUUUUUUGGAGAAAAAUCGGAAAAUUCAAAAAAAAUUAAAUCGAUAUUAAAAUUUUGUUUAAAAAAUCUGCAAAGCGUUUUCACAUUUUUUUUCUUCUAGAACUGGUGUUCAAUAGUCCGCCCCAAACACUACAUUCAAAUAAUUCUAACCGAUGUUCACGCGCCGUCAAAAUACCGUGCAAUGAUUCCCCUUCAAAAUCGACCCGAAUUCGCCGAAGCUUUUCAAUGUCCCAAAGGUUCACCAAUGAAUCCCGAACGAAAAUGUCAAGUUUGGUAG